AUGUCCCUCCGCAUCGCACCCCCAAGCGGCAACCGCACCUCAACCACCAACACCUCCGCCCGCCAACAAACCACACACGCCUCGCACCUCUCAAAGGGCGCCCCCUCCGCCCCAGGUCUCCCAGACACACUCCGCAACAAGCUCACCCUCCCCGCCACCGCAACCGCCUCGUCAACCAACAACCCAUCCGCAGCCGACAUCCCCUCCUCGACACACCCGCUCGAGGCCCGCCUGCUAGCCUGGCGCGCAACCCAGGACUCGAUGAAGAUGGAGUCUCUGCGUCGGGCGUAUGGUAUUGCGGAGCCCGUGCGUCGUGGGAUGGAGCUCAAGAUUGUGAGGGAUGGUACGUUCCGGCCUGCCGUGCUGGGUGGUUUGAAGGGUGGUAAUGUGCAUGAGGAUAUUCUUGUGCUGGGUGGUCGGGAUACGGAGAUUGGUUGGGAGGAUGUUUUCCAGGGCGACGACCUUCGGGAACCCCCUUCGUUCCACGACGAGAUGGAGAAGAGGCUCAAGAUGAACUUCUAA